AUGCCCGUCAUUUUGCCCACGGAUGAGGGGCCUCUCUGGUACUACAUCUCAACGGCCAGUGUGCGCGAGAUCGACCGCCAGAUCGAGCAGGCGGACGAAACCUACGACUCUGUUUUGUCCAAGCUACUGUUACCCCAUCUGGAGCCUCGCGGUCCGCAACGUCAGCUACUUAUGGAAGAAGAGAGGGAUCUGCAAGCCCGUAUCCCGUCUCCUAAGCAUUGGGAUACGCUCAAUAUCAGCCUGCCUGUGGCUACCUGUCUGCUCUCGGGCUCAUACAACUGGCCGUUUGACCUCCACCAGAGCAAAGAGGCACUGGUCUGGGCUUUGCGAAGAAAACUCGAGUCAUCCACACGACGCAGUCUGCCUACCGACAGGGCUCUAGCACGUUUCCCACGUAAAGUCGAAUCGGCCACCGGGACGACCAAAAGCACGACCGUGUUCGGCCCUUUCAACGACAUCGGACUUGUCGUUGACCUUCGGAGCUGCGAUUGUCUGCCCUCCGAGACAGCUCGCCUGUCGGUGGCUCGCCGGUCGAGAUGGUUACACUACAUUCUCCGUCAAUGCGGACCACUGCCCGUCAUGCACUUUCCACCUCUCAGCCACGUUGUGGGAACAAUGGUAGAACACCGGGACUUCACCGAUGAAGUGGCCAUGGACGUGUACGGAGUCUUCGAUGAGUGCAACAUCGAGGUGCUUGUCCAGGGUGGACUCCUACCCGCGUACGGUGCCGGGCCACCAGUCAAGAGCAAGGCCCUGACAUCUGUAACCAAUGGCGCCGUUCGGCUCAACUCUCUGAACGGUGCAACCGUGCUCUUCAUGGCGUGUUUGCUGCUUCAAGUGGAGGAGUCUGUUCAGAAGCUGCUGGACAUGAAGGUCACCGGUCUCGUCAUUCUGAGGGACAUGGCUAAUCAUGGGCUCGGCUGGAUAAUCCAUUCGCGGGACGCCAGGACAAUUAUCAGCCGCUGGAUGGCCAGCGCCGAGUUCUAUCACAUGGUGCCUCCGCCUACCCCUCGCCUCUCACUCUUCCUCGAGGCUUGGAUGUCACGACCAGACGGACCCUUCAGCGGAGACGAGCGCGUUACCCCUAUCCGGCUCUUCCGGUACCUCAGCGACCUCAAUCCCCCCGAGAUAGACAGUGACGACUUUGACCCCGAACGCUCGACAGAACGCAUGUACAUUCGGAGCGGCUUGUUCCACGGGGCGGCGGCGGGUUCCGCGGUCGCACUUUUCCUUAAAUCAGGUGCACCAUGGCUGAGGGACAAUAGUCCUGAGACCUACAUUGAUCCCGUUGCCGCUAAGGCGCAGGCCGAGAAAUGGGUGCAGAACCUUGUGAACAGAUCUCGGCUCUGCGGCGGCGCGAAAGUGCUUACGGAGGAGGUGGGUUUGGCCCUCAAGAGGUAUCUCAGCCAAGAACUCGAUGGCUUCGCGGAAGAUGCUCUGGACAGAUUGGAGGAACUCGACAAGGCUAUUUGCAAAAGUCUCGACGCCUUCAAGUCGUCCCCGCAGGGAUUCGAUAAGGACACCUUUCUGAAGUACUUCUACCGCGGCUUCCUCGUCGCCGUCACUGGUGGGCGCAUUCGUGAUGAGGGAGCCGGGCCAAUGGCAUGGUAUUCAACAGACCUUCGGACCCAGCUGCAGCGCAGCCGCCACUUCCUCCUCGGCCUGCCUUCCUCCAGUGCGUUGCAUCCGCCGUCCACCGCUACCCGCGCCGAGGACGGCUGGCUACCCCGAGUUCUUCUAGUCGCAGCCGUCUGCAUUCUUACUAUCGGUGCCAUCCUGUGGCCCUCGAAGCAGUCUGGUUUGGGGAUGCAACCGGGCGUCCCUCAAGCACUGGCCCGUGACGAGGGGCGCAUCGGUUUGGGGAUCAUACAGGCGAGUUUCAAAGCCGGCAAUGCCGUGCAUCUAAAGGAGGGCGAGCAGGUGUACAUUCUGGAGACGACAUUCCACGAUUGGUACAAGAUUGAGAACCUGGACGGCGACAUAGGGUACCGAUAUUGCUACCCGAUCCAUGUAGUCUACCACGGCCUAUGUCAGCUGCGUCGUAUUACAACCUGGAGACGGCGUUCCUUGGUUGACACCUUGUAUCUUUCCAUCGUAGAACCGCGUGGUCAGGGUAAAGCUGUUACCGUAGCGAGAAGGGAAGUGCAUGUGCCAGGCGUUGCAAAGCUGGAGCUACACCUCUGGCAACAUACGGGCGCGUGCGACAAGCCCCUGCGACAACCCGACUUCCCAUGGGACCAUGUCGGAGGUCAGUUCAGAGCCAUUGCAGCCCUAACUAACUUUGCAGAUGAGCUUGUGAAGUGGUUAGGAGACAUGCAGCCUUGCAAGUGCCAGCCGCUCAUCGCCUACUUAGGAGAGCAUCCCUUGGACAAGCUGCUAGAGAUGAUCAAGGACUACCGCUCGACUGGCAACGUACCCACUCGCACCUGCGCGUGCUCAAAUCCCCCAAGCAAGCUUAGCCAAGGGGCCCCUCACGACCUCCCCAGUGCUACUUGUCGACUCUUCCCAAAUGGUGGAGACAAGGCCGCGUGGCCGUUUGAUAUCGACGAGCCCAAGUGUACGGCACUCGACUGGAUCAUCAACCGUCUGAGGGAGAAGCAGGCGAUGUUGGAGAUGGAGAAGGCCUGGGUGGAAUAUCAGCACAUGGAGUGGCACCCGUCGAAAGCUUUCGAGCCCAGUGCUCGCUUCCCUGGCACGCGCGAGCUGUAUGGACUCCGGAACAGCAGCGGAAACCUCUUUGGACCGAUCAAAAGUCGAUCUCUUGACGUUGAGACUGUACUCGUCUUGAAGCGUUGCAAACUGCGAGCCUCAAGUGAUACGUCACCCUCCUCAUGGAUGUCGUACCUUGAUCGCGACGUGCGAAGCCAUCCCUCAAGCCGACCAAUGCUCCUCACCCCUGCCGUUGGCGUCAUGGUUUCCGAGCCGGAGUUCAGAGACACAGAGGCUCGUUCGCUGUUCGCGUCACUCGAAGGGUGCAAGGUCAAGCUUCUCCCCGCUGACAGCUGGGAGAAUGCGACAUUCGCCCGUCCCCGCGGCAUCGACCACAGCGACCCUAUCACCUUGCGCGGGAUCAGGGGCCCGACCAUUCUCUUUCUGGGCUGCUUUGUGAUCGGCGACCGCCAGUCCACAAACAAGCUUCUGCUCAUGCGGGAGACCGGAUCCAUCAUUUUGCACGACCUCCUCGACACAGAUCUCGUCGGCAUCGUAGAGGGGAGACUGAACGACCUCGUCAAGAAGACCUUCGCGGCUGCCAUGGAGUGCAGCGCCGAUUGGAGCCUUCACGAGCUCUGCCUCCGGUUGGCACUUUGGUUCCGCGUCUGGAUGGCCGAGCCCAAGAUCGUACAGCUCUGCAAACAGAGCGUGCAGAUGCCUCUCGACAGCCUCGUGCAGAUGAUUAACGAGGUCUGGAAGCCUGAAGUCGGGAAUUGCAGGCUGUUCGCCCCAGACACGGAUGAGGGGUGGGAAGACACCGCCGAGGUGACUGCGAUCGGUGUUUACCACGGAUGUGCUGUAGGAGCCGUGGUCCUGGCGGCGCUGAGGAAGAUCGGGAAAGCUGAGGACCGAAUCAACUCGUCGGAGAAGACCGCAGAUCUCACGCAUGAGUGGGUUACGAACGCCAUAGCUGUUCUCACCGCCGUGUUCAAGGCUGGUGCUGCUCUGAAGUUGGACGAAUCGAAGAAGCGCAUCGUAGAGCGCCUGAACCGAGACCUACUGAAGGCGAAUCACGAUGAGAUCUUCCAUCUCAACAAGAAUCUCCGCCGGGUCCGAGACAACCUCACCACCAUCGUCGCGUCGUAUGCCCACCAUAGCAUUCUGGACGGCGAACGCCUCAGAGCAGCUUUCGGACAAGCAUUCACUGCUGUGGUGACACAGGACGUCGAUGUUCAGGUUACAGACGUCAUUGCGUUCUUCCGGAAUGACGACUGCAAGGAAGAUCUUCCCACCCUUCGCCAUGGAUCCAUUCAACACUUUGACGCCCACUUCAGCCGCGCCAUCUUCGAGGAUUUGGGAUCUCUUAGGCUCCUCUCCUACACGGCCAGGGACUUUGAGACCAUUCCACGCCUCAGGAAAUGUCUGAAGUCUGGGCCAUCGGCUCGCAAUGACUAUGGUCUCAAACGUGUCGUACUUCAGCUCAAACGGCAGGUGGAGGUACAGAAGCAGUGGCAGGAGGAACAGAGAAUUGCCGCAAAGUCCAUCGAGUCGACUCCGGCCACGAGCAAGACAGGCGCCCCUGAGCCCCGAUCCACAGCAGCCAGUACACUGGAGUACGCACAACCGCCCACUAGGGUGAUGGCCUCGCUUCAAUCGUUUGUCGCCUUCUUGAAGACCAGUGCCAAUUCAGUCAACUUGCACCGGGUAGCGAGUACGCUCUCCUUUGCUACCUUCCUUCUCGCCAUCUGGUUGUCGUACUCGGUUGCCUCGAUGGGUGCGGUCAAACUCCCACAGUCCUUCGCCUCUUGGUCUCAUUUGAGCGCCGGCGAUGGUGUUAUCUUAUCCGUGCCAGCGACGGUGGCGAAAGUCACGAACAGUUACGACGUUAAUGCAUCACGCCGGGUGUCACCAGGUGACACCGUUGAGCUGCUAACAGUCCCUGCCAAGGGAUGGUACAUGAUCAAAGUGCAGGGGAGCGACGAAGAAGGAGCGAGGGGUUCUGGUCACACAUUAGCUGGCCGCUGGGCGCAAGGACCCAUGCACAGUGCCCUAUUCCACGGUCAGAUCUAUGUCCUGACCGUCUGCUUGCUGUUGGUCUUGCUGAUCGAGGUUCUCAGGGUAAUCUUUAUCAGGCUUGCUCGGCGUCCCUUUCGGGCUUUAUCAUCCGGCCAACUCAGGGUACCUCCUACUGAUAAGACUGCGGCCAAGGCCAUAAGGAAGCAUGCACAAAUGCCGGACCGCGAGUUGCGCACUGAAUUUGCCAAUUGCCUCGGGUUGCCCGAAACAAAGGGCGUCGUCUGUUCCCAAAUCAAGAGCAUCACGGCCGUCUAUCGGACGGUUCCAAUCAGGAGCGAUCGCUUGGCAUGUCCCACACUGGGCGGGGACCGGGAGCGGACGCAACCUGACAACCUGUGGAGUACCAGACAGGAGUCAGAUGGCAGCAUGACUACGUUGGCCGCUGGUUCCUGUCCGCCCUCCCUCUUCACGCAUCCCGUCCACCCAGCCCGUUUCUCUCGCCCUACUAGUCCUAUCCUUCCCAUCGCGACCGCAACAUCUCCUGACUACUCCCACUCCGGAAAACCUUUGCACCAAUUGGCUUCGGAAGCUCUGGUUGAUAUAUCGCCAAGGUCAUUGUCGCAGGGAAAGGGACCGCCCGAGUCUCCGUGGUUCCACGUCUCCGAUGUCGACUUGUGUUCCGAGAACACCAUCUCCAAGGGCAUUCGCGACAUCAUUGAUGGCGGCUGCGGGGACGACACGAUCGCAAGGCUGUCCAACUACCGCGGCGGCUACUUCUUCUGCGCCUGCCGCACAUGCCGCAAGACUCGAUUUGUCACCGGGACGCCUUUCAUUCUGACGCCUGAGCUGGACCAGUCCGCUGUCGGCCGUCUUUUGCCCUAUCACGAAUGGCCGUUCGAUCACCAGGGAGGACCCGGUCUGGUGCACUGGGUUGCACGCCGUUUGCAGGAGCACUACAAUCAUCACCACUGGAUCUCGUCGAGCGCACAGUUCCCCCUCCCUGGACAACAAGGGCCUGAUCACACUCAAGACGCCCUCCGCUCAACCGAUGCGUUCGAUCCCCGAGUCCGCGAAAGCACCGAUGAGGUUUCAGCACCAUGGAUAAGACUCAUUCGCUACCAAUUGCCCGAAGGCGAUCCUCCAACCAACCUCAUGGCCAAGUGGCUUCCGUAUCUCUACCGGGGACCCGUGCCUGAAGGGGCAUACCGUAGGUUUCCUCCUCUCAACUGCGCUCUUAUGACAAUGUUGUCGGAGCCUGACUGGCGAGAAAGAGCAACUCUUCAGCUCUUCGGAACGUUUGACCAGUGUGAUGUCGAGAUUCUGGCGACCUGCUCCGCCGAUCACAUUUCCUCGAGCACUGAUAGUGUACGCAGUGACCGACCAGCGGUGAAAGUUCAUCUGUUGAAAGGGAUAAGCGGUGUUACCGUUUUAUUUCUCUCAUUGGUUGACUCCCUUCCAGUGAUAGAUCUCCUCGCGUCACUAAACAGCGGAGGACCGGUGGUGACAGAUCUCCUUCGGUGUUUUGGAACUCCGCUGCUCCCAGAAGACCGCCCUUUGAAGCGAGCCUCACCUUCGAUACUCUCACCCACGAGCCGCGCACUUGUCCGACUCUGCCGGAGCUCAUUCCUGUCCAUAUCACAAGCCCGCCGCUUCUCACACCGCAUAAUGCAGCUGAUGCAGAUCUGGCUGAGCCGUCCGGUAAUCUCUCUCAGACUUUCCACAAGUGUGUCUCAAGAUCAGGAUGCGUUGAGAGAGCUUCAGUCUUUGUUCCGUCUGCCCUUCGGCUUCAUUGAUCAUGAAAGCAAGGGCCAAGUCAACGCGGCCACUCCCGAAACAAACACAACUUUUCAAGCAUACCUGUCUCAGAUGGGCAUCUUCUACGGCUGUGCCAUCGCUGCCGUCAGCUCAACAACAUUUACCCCAUCACAUGAGCAUCUGCUCCGUGAAGAAACACCGACAGAUGAGCCCACGGUGAAGACAGUGUCCACGGUCACGCCUGCAGAUUCCAUCGCUGGACGUACAUGUUUACGGGAGACUGCUUCUAGGCACGGCCACGCUGAAGUAUCCUCAAAUAUCGCAGCCAGCAUAGAGUCAAAGGAGAGCCAGAAACCCCUUGGCAGAUUGACCAUGCUUUUACUUUCGUUACGUCAGGGAGUUAUGAGUCGGAUAGAGGAGCUGCAAGUUCUAGACGAAAGGAUCAGCGAUCAUUUCAAGGUCGGCCUUGGGGGGGUUGGGUUCUACGGCCACCUGGCUAGAACUAUACUAGAAUUGCUCCCAGAUGAAGGACACAAAGCUCAGGUUCGAAGCUGGCUGGCAGCUUCCAACAAUCAAGAGUACCUCCGCUGCUUGAGUCCACCCCGGCAGCGCUCUACCAGCACAGAUUUGACUGCUCCAGUCUGCACGGUGAAGGCUCAGGAAUCUAGCGGAGGAGGACGGGCAGACGACAGCGUGAUCGACAGCACCCUGUCCAGCAGCCUCUCACAUGGGUCAGGUCCCCCUGAUUCUCCCUGGUUCUUCGUUUCCGAAUUCUUCUUCGAUUGGUUGCAGCUCGUCGAUACCUGCCUCGAAACGCCCAUCACUCCCAGAUUGCAACGUCUCGUUCUAAAGACAUACAGUGGGGACACUUACGCUGAAUUCAUCGGGGCUUUGAUUCGCGAUCUUUGCGGAAUCAUCGCCCCCCCAAGACAUCGAUUUCUGGGGUGCCGAUGUCCUCAGUGCUGUGGUAUCAUACCAGAACAUGGUAGAUCGCACGGGCCUGUUAUCUUUUCUCCUACCCCACCCAUUGAGACCACUGCCAAGCUGCUCCCGCACCGCGAUUGA